AUCGCAAAACAAAUCCAACUGAAAAAAUGGCGCUACAAAUCCACUCUUCGUGUUCCUUCGCCUCGAGACCUUAUCAUCUUCAUCGUCACUUCACAACCAGAAACCCUAAUUUCGCAAUCAAAUGUCAAAAUCCCCAAAUCGAAACGGAGAAAACCGAGGAUCCAGCUCAACCAAAGAAUUCGAGCUCUUCCGGCGUAGGAUUCGGUUCUCCGGCGAAGAAACUUAGCGCGGCGGAUACAUCGGGAAGUAAGAAAGGGAAAGGGAAGAGAGUGGUGAAUCGGCGUACACCGGUGGAGAAACCGGUGUUUAUGAGCGAACAAGGAGCGGCGAAGGCAGAGGAGCAGAGACAGAACGAGAACGCGUUUCUUCUUACUUGGGCUGGGCUUGGUAUCGUCAUUCUCAUCGAAGGAAUUGCUCUAGCCGCUUCAGGAUUCCUUCCCGAAGAGUUAGAUAAGUUGUUUGUGAAGUAUGUGUAUCCAGUGUUUACUCCAUCAGUUGUAUUAUUUGUGGCUGGGACAACUGCAUAUGGAGUUCUUAAGUACAUACAGAAUGAGAAAAUGAAAGGUCAAGAGUGAUACUAUUCUACCAUGGAUAUUAGAGCUUGCCGUUGAUUGAGAGAGAUUGGUGUUAAAGGGUGUGUGUAUUGAUCGGACCUUAGUCAUUGUAUAUGCAGAGAGAGCUGGUUAUGUAAAAUUAAAAUCAGUUUCAAGUUAUUCCAGUGCCAUUUUCAUUUUA